AAGAGGAAGUGACCGGCGCUCCAUUCGUAGACAGAGGCAGCUUAUGCAGCGUGUGUUUAUGCUGCAGCUACUUAUUAACAUUAAAAAAUAAAAUUGUCGUGAUGGUGAAGUUAACAGCCGAGAUGAUUGAGCAGGCUGCUCAGUUCACCAACCCGGUCAGAGACAGAGAACUGGAUUUAAGAGGUUAUAAAAUCCCAGUUCUGGAAAAUCUUGGAGCAACUCUGGACCAGUUUGACACCAUUGACCUUUCUGAUAAUGAAGUCAGAAAACUGGAUGGCUUUCCGUUGCUGAAAAGACUAAAAACACUUUUAGUGAACAACAACAAGAUUUGUCGUAUAGGUGAGAGUCUGGAACAGUGUCUGCCAAAUCUCAAAGAACUGGUUCUCACAAACAACAACAUCCAGGACCUGGGAGACCUGGAUCCUCUGGCUUCAGUGAAGACACUCAGUCUCCUCAGCCUUUUGAGGAAUCCUGUGACCAACAAGAAACAUUACAGGCUGUAUGUCAUCAACAAAAUCCCCCAGGUCCGGGUUCUGGAUUUCCAGAAGGUAAAGCUAAAGGAACGUCAGGAGGCGGAGAAAAUGUUCAAAGGCAAACGAGGUGUUCAACUCGCAAAGGAUAUUGCCAAGCGAACGAAAACAUUCACACCAGGGGCCGCUGCACAGCUUGAGAAGAAGAGGGCGGGGCCCUCACAGGCAGACGUGGAAGCUGUCAAGAACGCCAUCGCCAAUGCAUCGUCUCUGGCAGAGGUGGAGAGGUUGAAGGGGAUGCUGCAGGCUGGUCAGAUCCCAGGGCGAGAUCUUAGAUCAGGUGCAGCGAGCAUGGUGGAGGAAGAGGAAGAGGAGGAGGAGGAGAGUGAACAGAUGGAGACACAGAUGGGUGGAGCUCCUGAUCUGGACAUGAACGUUGAGAAUCAAGACAUGGAUGAGGAACCUCAUGUCAACGGUUCCGCAGAUGAGCUGUUAGCCGACUGUUCACCGGAAAUCCAGAGUAAGAGCGAGUCAAUCAUGGACAAAGUAGGGGUCGGUGACGGUGGAGGAAAUUACCGAGUGGAACAACCGCCUCCCCAUAACCAGGACCUGAGUACGCUGGGCAUGAUGGCAGGAGAGUUUCUGUCCCAGUACGGAUGGUACCUGCUGCUGGUGUGUGUCUUGGUCUACCUGCUCAUCCAGCACCUGAACCGAAGAAGCUCCAGCAGGAGCCACAGCAGUGACACAGCAACGCCUGAAGAUGCUGUCGUAGUGAAACAACGACAUGAAGCCAUGGAGGCGGCUCGAAGGAGGAUGCAGGAGGAGCUGGAUGCCAGGGCGUCUGCUUUUAUAGAGAAACAGAAACAGCAAGUGGAGGAGAAAAGGAAGCAGAAAAUUGAGAUCUGGGAGAGCGUUCAACAAGGAAAAAGCUACAAAGGAUCUGCCAAACUUUCUCAGACUGGUGAACAGUCGAACCCAACGCCAACUGUUCUGAAAUCAAAGACCGACAAGAAGCCCCUCCGUGGCACUGACUAUAACCCCCUGAGUGGCAAUGGAGGAGGCACCUGCACCUGGAGACCUGGCCGUAGGGGGCCUUCUUCAGGGGGAUGAGGUUAAAGUAGGUCAGAGUUGUCAGGUCUGUGUGACCUAUGACCUCUGACAUGUUUAUUGCACACAGGACUGAGUGAAACAAGCUGACAAUGUCAUCAAACACAUAUUUUGAUUUUCUUUCUUGUUUUCGACUCUCUGCCUCUCACUCUACACUGGUGAAAUGUUUCCUCAUCUAACGAUGACUGGCGCCUCUGCUGGUGAAUCCACGCAUUGAAAGCUUGUAAUGAAGCCGUUCCUGUCAAUGGUUUGUAACCAGCGGGUCUGGCUGAUGUAUUUCACAGUCUGUGUGCUACCUGAACAUAUUUGAUUACGUUUUAAAGUCAGCUGUCCAGAGGUGGCGCUGCACAGCACUGGGUGUCUAUACAACAGGAAUGGACGUUACAAAUAGAAGCCUCCAGUCAAUGAUACAGUAAAUCUGUAGCUUUUGUUACACUGCCCCCUAUAGAUACAGGGAUGAAUUGAAGAGUUUCGAGUCUUGACGUUUGAAAUGUUUGAUUUUCCAGGACCACUCCUGUUGUAUAUCAACCCUGUUGUAUAUCAACCUUAGACACAGCCACUCAGAUUAUAAAUAUAUAUUUUAUUUGUCAUCAAUGAAGGGAAAUGUAGGUUUAUUAUCAUACAUGUUUGUAAACAAUAAAAUCAAUAAAAACAUUUACUUAAUUUCUU